AUGGGAGGCUGCAGCAUCCUUCUGCGGCAUCCCGCCCUCACCUGCGGCCGGGCAGCCCCCGCGCAGCGGUUUCUCGCCUCCUCUCUCAGCGCCGCGCGGCCGGCGGAGACCCCAGCUCCUAGGGGCCAGGGGCACCCCCUUGCCGCCCUGCCAGGGCCCCCCAGCUGGCCACUGAUGGGCAGCCUGCCCGACGUCCUCUGGAAGGGGGGUCUAAAGAGGCAGCAUGAGACGCUGGCUGAGUACCACAGGAGGUUUGGCAAGAUCUUCCGCAUGAAGCUUGGGGCUUUCGACUCGGUGCAUAUCGCAGCCCCCUGCCUUCUGGAGUCCCUGUACCGCCGGGAGAGCUCCUGCCCCCAGCGCCUGGAGAUCAAGCCCUGGAAAGCCUAUCGGGACUAUCGCGACGAGGGCUACGGGUUGCUGAUCCUGGAAGGAAAGGACUGGCAGAGGGUAAGGAGUGCCUUUCAAAAGAAAUUAAUGAAGCCCAGGGAAGUUGCAAAACUGGAUACCACACUCAACGAGGUCCUGGAGGAUUUCACGUACAGAAUAGAUGAUGUUUGUAACUACAAUGGACAAAUGGAAGAUGUCUACUCAGAAUUCAACAAAUGGUCAUUUGAAAGUAUCUGUCUUGUGCUAUAUGGAAAGAGGUUUGGUCUCCUACAGCAGGAUGUAGAAGAAGAAAGUCUGAACUUCAUCAAGGCUGUAAGAACGAUGAUGGCUACUUUUGGAAUGAUGAUGGUGACCCCUGUGGAACUUCACAAGGGUCUGAACACAAAAGUCUGGCAAGCUCAUACUAAAGCAUGGGAUGAUAUAUUUAAAACAGCCAAGCAUUCUAUUGACUGUCGACUGGAAAAACACUCUGGAAACCCUCAGGAGGAUUUCCUCUGUGACAUCUACUCUGGGGGACAACUUUCCAAGAAGGAGCUGUACGCUGCCAUUGCAGAGCUCCAGAUAGCUGGAGUUGAAACGACAGCCAAUAGUUUAUUGUGGGCCUUAUAUAACCUUUCACGCAACCCACAUGUUCAGCAGAAGCUUUUCCAGGAAAUAAAGACUGUUUUGGCUACUACUGAGAGUCCAAGUGCUGAGAACUUGAAGAAUAUGCCUUACCUAAAAGCAUGUCUGAAAGAAUCCAUGAGAUUGACACCGUCAGUGCCAUUUACCACUCGCACCAUCGACACAGAAAUGGUUCUGGGAGAUUAUGUGCUACCCAAAGGGACUGUAUUAGUGAUAAAUAGCCAUGCCCUGGGUUGCAAUGAAGAGUACUUCAGUGGCUGGACUCAGUUUAAACCGGAGCGCUGGUUUCAGAAGAACGUCAUCAAUCCCUUUUCUCAUGUUCCAUUUGGCAUUGGCAAGAGGAUGUGCAUCGGGCGCCGCAUAGCCGAGCUACAGCUUCACUUGGCCCUUUGCUGGCUCAUUCGCAAAUACCGAAUCAUAGCAACUGACAGCAAACCAGUAGGAACGCUCCAUUCAGGAACCCUGAUUCCCAGCCGGGAGCUUCCCAUUGCCUUUCACAGACGAUAA